CCAACCACGUCAGUAUCAACCGCCAUGGAACGCAAAUACUCAGCGUGUAUUUUCGUAGCCACUGCUAUUAACGUAGCUCUGGCAACAAGAGCUGGUUUAACAGUGAAUGAUGUUAUUAUUGACGGCCAAGAAUACUACAUAAACACAACCAAGAUGACCAAAAUGGAUGCAAUGGCUGAGUGUGCAGCUAGGAAUAUGCAACCGAUUUCCCUUGAGGAGUCUGGAAAAUGGGAUAUAAUCAGCUCAUAUGUGAAUGAAAACGAUCUAUACCGUGAUUCCUUCUGGAUUGGAGCGGAAAGGGUAAACAAUUUGAAGUGGCACUGGGACUGGUCUGGCAAACAGGUCGUGGAUUUCUACUGGGGUGAAAGCUAUCCGCGUUACGAAGCGGUGACUGAAUUUGCUUUUUGCCUCAAAUUCCAAAUGGAAAUCUUCAAAGGGUGGAUGGACACGUACUGCGACUCAGGCAGAGCCGGAACUUUUUGCCAAGUCAUUGUGUAGCUAUUGACAAAGUCAAUGUUUGCUGAUAUUUACACUGUUUGCCAAUAAACGCAUACGUUUGUCG